AUGGCGCAGUCUCGGCUCCGAAAGAACUGCGCCGUUCCGCUCCAAGACCAGAACGACAGACUGACUGCCUCUGCGCUACGCGGGAACAGCACCGUUGCUCGGAACUCGCGCAUUCGCCUCUCUGCAUCCUCUGCGCCUCCUCACUUUCUCCGCAAUACCCGACCCUCUUUGGCGUCUACUCUCUCGCCCUGUGCGUCUUCCUGCAGCUCAGCUGAAACUGAAGAGCCAGCAUUGCCAUCCACGUCAAAACCCACUUUUUCUUCGCGUCUCGCGAAAAUGGUUCUCUCACGAAGAAGCACGGUUUCGGCCGCGACGAAGAGGCCCCGCGCGCGUGUGGCCUCCGGGAUCGGGUUCCUUUCCAUGCUCUUUGCAGUUCUUGUCGCCUUCUCCGCUCCGGCCUUUCCGGCCGAAGCUCACGGGUCUUCGGAGGCGCACUCACUUUCGGAUCGAAGGUGCGCCUCGUUUUCUCAACUCAGUGUCCCCUUUUUUUUCCUGGACAAACGCGUCACGUACAACCUUUCUGCACUCGUGAUCUCGGCCCCGCCCAACGGGUGGAUCUGUAAGGCCACGCACUCGGACGCGCCGCCCCAAAACGCGUCUCUGGUCCUCGCCACGCUGUUUUCCUCGUUUUUCAACGACUCUCUGGGCUCUCCCAAGUCGCGAUUCAAGCCGCCUUCCCUUCUGGCCGGAGACGGAGGUCGGAAACUGCCGGAGGACGCGCACUACGAAGUGACAGGCGGGGCGCCUGUGUACUACGCGUUCAAUCCGUGUCGAGUGCUGAGCCAAGACUGCGUGGAAACGGGCCGUGGCAGUGGCGCGCAUGCACGGCCUCGCCGAGGACGCCUGUUCAAGUACAGGGGCCCAGUCGCGGACGGACACUGCCUCGAAAAUCUGCUGCCGCACCCCCUGCCGCUCACUCCUUGGCGAACAGAACUGCGGAACAUGAUGGAUCGGGAGUGGCUGCACGGCCUUGAGAAAAACACUGCGGCGCCGCGCACGGAUGCCGAGACACCCGAAGGCAUUGUGAAAGACCCCGAGGACGCGCGCUGGGAUCCGUUAGACGUCUUGGAACCCGAAGCCGGACUCCAAGCGACUUUCCGUUUUUACGAGCCUUCGUGCCCGGCCCAGGUGGUGCGAGUAAAAGUGAAGGUCGCAUGCGCGCCGGACGGAAGCUCGGGUGCGUCUUCUGCUGAAUCUCCAUUUUCCCUCUGUCAGCAACUGGAUGCUUGCCACUUUGAAAUGCGGAUGAGCGGCAAGGCGGGCUGUCCCACCGAGACGACGGCGAUGAGCGAGGCUGUGCCUUUUCUGUUCGAUCUCGGCGGAACAGACGCCCCUUCGUCUUUGGGGGAAACUCAGCCCGCGUCCUCCGUUUCGCCUGUUCAUGCGCUGCCGGCUGGGACUGCGAAGACCGGAGAGAAGGCCAUGCCACCGGACCGGAGUGGACAGAGCCGCGCCGCGUUUUCCCUAGGGAAGAAGAGCGAAGCAAACCCUCCGGCACUUUCCGUCGAAGCGACGACCAAGAUUCUCGACACCGCGACGACACUCGACGACACGUUUCUUAUCGGAGAACUGCGGUCUCUCGCAUCCGCUGGUUUCCUCGACGCGUCCGUCAAGCAACGCCUCGCUUCCGCUACGACGCAGCACCAGGCUUCUCCAAAGACAGCAAACGGCGCGAGCGCUCAACCCGCCCUCUCCUCUUCCGCUUUCUCGUGGCUGUCCCAGAUGCCCGCCUCUUCUUCGCUCGCCUCCCUCGCCUCUUCAGUCCCGCACACCUUCCGCUCCUUCCUAACUCACCAGGUCGUGCCUGGGGCGCCUGCGGAACACAGCGGGAACGCGGCGCACCUGUCCCUCUUUCUGCGCAUCAGUUUGUGCGCCCUCAUCAUCUUUGGGGCGUACUGGUUGAUCCGCGACUGGAUCACGCGCGAGUUUGCCGUCAGAGGAACUCUGUACGGCCUCGCAGGGAAAGGCGGCGCGGGGCUGGGCAACGACCUCGGGCCUUCCUUGUCGCCGCCCCGUCCGGGAGAGGACUGGAAACUGGACCGAGACGCCACAGACCGCUGUUGUGUCGACGCGAAAGCCUGGUCGGCGGGCGAGAGACGUGGGGGAACCGAAGCGAAGAGCCUCUCUCUCGGAUCGCACGCCAACCUGGCGCCGACGGGCGGCGUGGAGACCGGCCACGGCGGCUACGGCAGUCUCCGAGAGUGGAGCACCGUCGCGCCUCUCCCUCCGACUCAUGGGGACGGAGCCGCUCCCUGGCCUUUCAACUCUUCGCUUUCAAAGACACAGACACGGGCACUCGAGCCGAAAUCGGCCGGGCAGGCUGCGGAGAUAGCACGUGCGCGAGACACUUGCGCCUCUGCAUGCGCCCGUCUUGCGGAGCUCGAGAUGGAACUCGGAACGGGACCGCUGGGGGCGAAGAGCAAACCGAUGGUCAUUCCGCUUUCGCCGACUCCGACCACGCUUCCGGAUGCAGAUUACGCCGAAGCGGGCGACGCGAGGCAGUUUGCUUCUUCAGGUGACCACGCCUCCCAGAGGGAAGAAGACUGGUAUGAACAGGAUUACGCUCCCUCUUCUUCCGCGCCUGGGGCCUUCGCUUCUUCGUUGGAUGCGGCACGCUUUGUCGAGAACCGAGGAAGCGGCAGAACCACCACAACGGGGCUCUCGUCCGAGGGCUUUCUGGACACGCGCCUUGUCAGCGGCGCCGUGUCAGGGCCGUCUUCCUUCUUCGUGGACGAAGGGGAAAGCGAACUUGCCGACAGCAAUCCUUGGCACGAACACCGUCCAGUUGGUCAGGGACUCUCCGACCUGGAGGCUCUCGAGUUGGGAGCUCCCCCACGAAGGCACGAGCGGGCGGACCCGCCUGAGGAAGAUGUGUGA